AUGAAAAAGAUUCCGUUUUUCAUACCAUUCCUUAUCCUAUUAUUCCAAUCCCCACUAUCUGGAGAUGGUGCUAUUUUACAAGUGGGAUUUCUGGCCGCCGCUGAUAACUCCACGGAGUUGGCGCCGUUCAUUGGUUGGAGUAACGUAGCUGGAGCUCUCGGCGUCGCGUGGAGCAGAAUUGUGGAGUACGGAUUACUUCCACAGUAUGAGACGAUGAACCUCACUUGGGUACUAACCAAUUGUCGGGAAGCAGAUGCAGUUGGUUCGGUUAUCAACUACGCGGAAGGACAUGCUCAUGUUGUUUUAGGACCGCCAUGUACAAGGCCCGCCCAAGUCGCUGGAUCCGUUGCCAAGUACCUCGACUUCCCACUAAUUCUGUGGGGACCCCCAUUCGACUCAAGUCUUCUCAACCAAUUCGAGUAUCCUACCAUUGCAUCGACCACGUCCAGUACCCUUUAUCAAGCGAAGUCCCUGAUGCGUAUGCUUUCCUACUUCAAAUGGUCUGAAAUUGCGUUGAUUUAUUAUGUGGCAAGAUCAGAUCUGAUUCCACGUUGCACACCAUUGAUUUCUGAUUUUGAGACAUUGGUGAAUAGCAAUGACAACUUGACGAUUACCUACAGAAGACAGAUGAGUGUGAUCACUAAUACAAGUUAUGCGACAGUGCUGAGAAAUUUGAAGGAGUUGGCCAGAGUCGUCGUUGUCUGUCUGGAAUCCGACGAAGCCCGUCGAAACCUUAUGAUUUCCAUUGCGGAAAACGGAAUGGAUACCAAUGAAUAUGUCUAUCUGAUGAUUGAAUCAAGACGUGCCGGAUUUUCCACUACAUUUUGGAAUGGUACUGAUGGAAAAAAUGAUUUGGCGAUACGGGCGGCCAGGAAGUUUUUGGUCAUGGAUAACCAAAAAUAUAAUGAUACAACUACUUUUGUCCAGGAAGUGCAGACAGCGUUUUCGAGAGCACCGUUUAAUUGUCCGAAUUGUACAAAUAUUAGUGAGGACAUCCGGAUAUUUGGAUGUAGAUACACAGAAAGAGUUACAGGUCCCACAAUAUCUCAAGUCGGUCCUCUUGGUGACGCUUUGCUUCUCUAUGCAUAUGCUCUGAAUAGAUCUAUCGCUGCUGGAAAUCCUACACCAACUGGAUCAGAGAUUUGCAAUGUGGCAAAAGGAAUGGAAUUUUUAGGUUUCACUGGAAAAGUGAUCGUCAACCAGAACUCAACGCGUACUCCAAUUUUCGUUGUCUACAAUAUUGAUACCAAUGAUAAAGAGUUUGCAGUGAUGACGAUUGCAGAAGAUUUAGAUGAUUCGUCGGAUCCGGUAGCCUCGAGCAUCACACUUACCGCUACCGCCGCGAAAAUAUGGGAAACAUGGGGUGGCACUGCUCCGUUGAGUACUCCAAUCUGUGGGUUUACUGGAACGGACUGUCCAAAGUCGUUCACCGAUCAAUACCUGGCUAUUAUUCUGGGAUGCACUGCGGCUGCAUUGGUAUUGAUUGUGGCCGUUAUUUCUACAGUUGUGUUUUUAGUGAGAUCCAAGCGCCAAGAGGAAGAACGUCUCAACCAGCUCUGGCAAGUUCACUUCGCGACUCUUGUGAAACCACCGCAGAAAAAUACGAUGCACAGCUCAAGAAGUCUUCAAAGUACAGUAACCACUAGUACCAAAGUGACGAUUAACUCAAAGAAAGACACUGAAAGACACAGUUUCUUCUUUUUGAACAAUGACUCAGUGGUUGCAAGAAAGCAUAACUUCAGGGCGGUUUUCACCAAGAAUGACAGGGCGAUGUUCAGAAAGGUGAGGAUCAACUGA